AUGGUGGGGCUGGGGCCGAAGCCAGGACCAGGACCACGGCCUCCAAAGCCGCCGCCGCCGCCACCGCUGCCUCCUCAGCCGCCGCCGUCUCAGCUCCGCCCCUUCCGGCUGCGCCACCCGAGGGGGCUGAUGCGGGCGCCGUGGAUUGGCGGGCUCCGGCAGCUGCCACGUCGCAGUGCGGGGCCCGCGGGGACCCGGGCGCCCUCGGGCGGCGGAAGCCGGGCGCGCCCCUCGCCAGGCCGGGAUCGGGGCGGGGCGCGCGGCAUCCCCGCGGGGGGAGCCGGUCACCCGGUCUCGCCGCCGCCACCAAAGUUUCCCGGAGGAGCCGCGGCCGCCCUUCCUUCCCCGGCCCCGGGCUUGGAGGCGACCCUCGGGCGAGAACUGUUUCCGAGGGCGACGGGGCCCCCUCUCCAGCUAGAUCCCGCGCCUCCAUUGCGCCCAACUCGGAUUCCCAACUUGGGAGGCGCCGCGGGCCUGCGCACGCGCGCCUUCCUCGCUGCGGCCGCCGCCGCCUCCACCUCCUCCCGCCCGGGAGCAGGCUCCGGGCCGAGCCGCGCGCCGAGACUCGCCCCCCGCGCGCCGCCCUCCGGCUCGCGGUCCGCCGCCCCCGCCCAUGCGGACGCCGGCCGACCGCCCGGUGCGCUCUCGCCCGAGGGCCAGCUGAGUGCGGACCGCCGGCGGCGGCGCGAGGUGGGCCCGGCCCGGCGCUGCCCUCGACAGCGGCAAGUUUGGGAGUUGCACUAG